AUGAAGGUUAAUUCUAAUCGUAAGAACAGGAAGCCAGGCCCUAAGAUGAAACAGAGAGCCAAUAAUCGUGUUUCAAAGUGUCAUCCAAAAAGAAAGCCUCUUAAAAAAACUAGUCUACCGGGAAAUAUUGUUGAUGCUUCUAAUCUAAAAUGGCGGCCUGUUCAACUACCAGGUACACUGGAUGAUUUCGGUGGUUUCUAUGGACUUGAAGAAAUAGAUGGAGUUGACGUCAAGGUGGUUGAUGGAAAAGUUCAAUUUAUUACAAAAGAUGACAGCAAAAUAAAGACUUCAGACUUCAAUGAUAAUAUGGGAGAUGAAAUGGGAUUUGAAGAACACGGCAAAGAGGAUUCGGAGGAUUUGAUUGAAUUUAAGAAUUUGGAUGAUAUUAAGGAAGGUGAGUUAAGUGCGCUUUCGUCCUCAGAUACUGAGGACGAAGAUAUGGAGGAUGCGCUAUCUGUGCCGAAGAGCGAUUCGGAAGAAGAGACAGAGGAUCAGGAAGGAAAGCUGAAACCCGAGGUUUUCAAUUGGCAGGUAGACUUAGAUGAUAUUGAAUUACCCGAGUUACCUGCAUGGUCAAAUAAAAUGAAGCUGUCAUUUUUCACCUUACAAGCUUUAGCAAAGUUGGGCUUUACGAGUCCCACUGAGAUUCAAGUUCAGUCUAUUCCAAAGGCUUUAGAAGGCUUGGAUAUCAUGGGGAAAGCUAGUACUGGUUCUGGUAAAACAUUGGCUUAUGGAAUUCCAAUAUUGGAACGUCUUUUUGCAUCAACUAACGACAAACCAAUUGCUUUAGUUUUUACCCCAACUAGGGAAUUAGCCCAUCAAGUUACAACACAUUUACAGAAUGUGCUUGGAAAUUUGGUUAAAAAAAUGCCAUAUGCUAUCCUUUCGUUAACGGGUGGAUUGUCUAUUCAAAAGCAAGAACGUCUGUUGGACUAUGAGGGUUCUAGUCGGAUUGUGGUUGCCACUCCAGGAAGGUUCUUAGAAUUACUUGAGAAGAACGAGGAUCUAAUUAAAAGAUUUGCUGAAAUUGGCGUUCUUGUACUUGACGAAGCUGAUAGAUUAUUACAGGAUGGUCAUUUUGAUGAAUUUGAGAAGAUAUUUAAGCAUUUAAACAGAGAGCAAAAAACGUUGAAAUCUGAAAAAUGGCAAACUAUGAUAUUAUCUGCCACUUUCUCAAUUGAUCUAUUUAGCAAGUUAUCGACUACUCAUUGGAAAAAUCUGAAGAAUAACAAAGAAAAUAAUGAGAUGGAAGCAGUUUUAAAACAUUUAAUGACAAAAAUUAGCUUUAAAUCCAAACCGGUGAUUAUUGACACAAACCCUGAAUCAAAGAUCACAGCACAAGUUAAGGAAUCACUGAUUGAAUGUGGUCCGACAGAACGUGAUCUAUAUGUCUACUACUUUUUAACCCUGUAUCCGGCUACCACGUUGGUUUUCUGUAAUGCGAUAGAUUCAGUAAAGAAACUAACUGCAUAUUUGAACAACUUAAAAAUAUCUGCGUUCCAAAUCCAUUCCUCAAUGCUUCAGAAAAACCGUCUAAAAAGCUUGGAAAAAUUCCAGCAGCUUUGUGAAGUCAAUGCUCAGCAUGGUAAGCCAACUGUUUUAAUUGCAAGUGAUGUUGCUGCACGGGGGUUGGAUAUACCUGGAAUCAAGCAUGUUAUACAUUAUCACUUACCUCGUUCUGCAGAUAUUUAUAUUCACAGAUCCGGAAGAACGGCUCGUGGCAACCAAGAAGGUGUUGCAGUAACUAUUUGUUCACCGCAGGAAGCGAUUGGGCCCUUAAGGAAGUUGAGGAAGCUGCUUGCAAACGAUCUUGCUAGUAAAACAGGUAAAAAAUGGCAAAAGGAGUUAACUGUUAUACCAAUUGAAGAUGAUAUUUUAACACAACUUCGUGAACGUAGCAGACUAGCUAGUGCUCUAGCUGAUGAUGAAUUGGCUACCAAGUCGUUAAAUAAAGAUGAUAUUUGGUUAAAGAAAGCAGCAGAUGAUCUUGGGAUUGAUAUAGAAUCAGAUGAAGAAAAGGACGUUAUUCUUUCCAAAAACAAAAACAAGAAGAAGAAUAAACAGAUGGCAAAAUCUGAAGCUAAAUCAAUGAGAUAUCAACUUGCCGAUUUACUUCAAAUUCCAAUUCGAAAGGAUCUCAGAAGGAGCUAUCUAACAGGUGGCCUGGUAAAUCUAGCGGACAACUUGGUCAAGAAUAAAGGACACAAUAAUAUCGUUGGCCAUGAAAAGGUGGAUGCUUUAGAAUUAUUGAAGAAAAAGAAGUCUAAAAAAUAA